CCUCUAUCAAACUGGGUUAAACUGGUUGCUAUUAGUUUUGACAAGAGAAUUUUGUCAAGUUUUACUUCUGUUAGACUAUUUUGUGGUGAUAUAUUAUAUACUUGCAAAAUACAACGAUUAAUCAUCGAUUAAUCUUGGUAAUAAAACGAUAAAAAAAUAAUGGAAUCGGAUUACGAUGAAAACCAUGGCGGUUGGACAGAUGAAAUGGCAAGAACAACUGAUGAUUGCGGAGGAGAAGAUAGCUUUGAUAAUCCUCAAGAAAUUUUAAAUGAAUGUUUAGAUAAAUUUAAAACACCUGAUUAUAUUAUGGAGCCUGGUAUCUUUAUGCAACUUAAAAGGUAUUUCCAAGCUGGUGGAAAUCCUGAACAAGUCAUAGAAUUACUGUCUAAAAAUUAUACUGCCUGUGCACAAAUGGCGAAUCUCCUUGCGGAAUGGCUCAUUCUUGCUGGAGUUAAAGUUUCAGAUGUUCAAGCAAUGGUGGAAAAUAAUUUAAAAGACAUGAUACUGAAAACAUUUGAUCCUAAGAAAGCAGACAAAAUUUUCACAGAGGAGGGUGAAACGCCUGCCUGGUUGACAGAAAUGAUUCAACAUCCCACUUGGAGAUCUCUUAUUUAUAGACUAGCAGAAGAAUACCCCGAUUGUUUGAUGUUGAAUUUUACUAUAAAGCUUAUAUCUGAUGCUGGAUUCCAAGGUGAGAUUACGAGCAUAUCAACGGCUGCACAACAGAUUGAAGUAUUUUCACGAGUUCUAAAAACCGCGAUUGCUGGUUUCUUACAAAAUACGGAGGAUUGGCAGUCGAGUAUACAGGAGUGCGCGAAAAUGGUAUGUCAUGGACAACACACUUAUGUUUAUAGUCAAGUAUUAUUACAAAUUCUUGCUCAAGAGUCUCGUGGCGGAUUUAUGAUGAAAAGGCUCUCCCAAGAAAUCACAAAAUGCGCUCAACAAAAUCAUCAUGACGUUACUCCGAUUACUAUGGCACUUAACGGAGCUUCGAGUAGCCCCAGUGCAUGUCAAGCACUGGCAUCCAUGUUAUCGCGAAAUACUUUAAAUCCUGCAGAUAUUAGCGUACUGUUUCGAAAUUAUUCUACGAUAGAGCCGCCUCCCAUAGAAUUACUUCGCAAUCCACAGUUUUUAGAAUUAUUGGUUGACGCCCUUUUUAAACCAGGCGUGAAAAUUAAUCCCGAGCAUAAGUCAAAAUACAUAUAUUUAUUAGCUUACGCAGCUAGCGUAUGCGAUAUUCCGGCUAAAAAGGGACAUCCCCGUAAAUUAAAUAAAGAUGAGUUAAAGACAACUAUUCAAGCUAUAGAAAAAGUUCAUAAUAUUUGUAACAUUAACAAAGGAUCAACCGAACUGAUAGCCGAAUUACAUACUUUAUACCAAUGUAUAAGGUUUCCUGUCGUAAGCGUUGGGGUAAUUAGAUGGGUGGAAUGCACUGUAACGGAACCAUCGUAUUUCAAAUUAUGUACAGAACAUUGUCCUGUUCAUCUUGCUCUACUCGAUGAAGUUGUAGCGUGUCAUUCCUUAUUACAUCCAAAAGUGCUACAACUUCUUGUAUACUUAUUUGAAAGUAAACAGGACGAACUAGAAAUACUUGUGCAGUUGGAAAUGAAAAAAAUGUUAAUCGAUAGAAUGGUUAAUUUAUUAAGCAGAGGUUGCGUAGUACCGGUAGUAUGUUACAUCAAACAAUGUUGGCAACGCGGAGAUACGGAUGUAUCUUUAAUUAGAUAUUUUGUUACAGAGGUAUUAGAAGCAAUUGCGCCACCGUAUACUUCUGAAUUUGUUCACUUAUUUUUGCCUAUGGUAGAAGAUGAAGAAAUCACGGGCACAAUGCGCGGUGAUAGCGACAAUGAUCUUGUUUCAGAAUUUAUCGUACAUUGUAAAGCACAUUGUCCUACUGCGAGGUGAUGUUUCAAAACUUGAUAAAGGUAGGUUAAAUGAAGAAGAAACUUGUAACUUCGCAAAAGAUAUUUUUACUUCAGAUGAACAUAUUGAAGAAUUACCAUACAUAAAU